AUGUGGGUUCUGGACAAGAUCCGCGGCUCGGUGGAGACCGGCGUUUUGCGCCAGGGGGACGGGGGCGACAAGAGGGGGGCAGCCCCGGUCUACAGCAACGUCCUGACCCCGGACAAGAUCCCGGACUUCUUCAUCCCCCCCAAGCUGGUCAGCUACCCCCCGGAGCCCGACGCCCCGAGCGCAAAGCCCAAGGAAGGUCUGCAGCCGUCCGCCUCUGAUCAGACCAAGAUCAGCAGCCCCCGGAGCCCCCGCAGCCCCCGGCUGGUGGCCAAGCUGGCGGGGGACACGCGGAGUCUCCUGAAGGCGGCCAACCGCCACAUCAUCCAGAUCGAGAGCGCGGACGACGUGGUGGCCGGGGACACCAACGCCGACCCCCAGUCGCAGACGGCCAUGUCCCUCCCCUACGUGCCCAAAACGCAGACCUCCUACGGGUUCGCCACGCUCAAAGAGAGCCCCCACACGCGCCGCAAAGAGUCCCUGUUCCACUGCGAGGUGACCAGCCCCAUCACCUCCCCCGGCGCGCAGAGGAAGGCCCCCGGGAAGAGCGAGCACCACCUGAACCCGGCCGACUUCGGGGGCCCCCACAUCAACCCGUACCGCUACUUCAGCGGGGGGGAGAGCGACACGUGCUCCUCGGCCGAGUCCUCCCCCUUCAGCUCCCCGCUGCUCUCGCGCUCCGCGUCCCUGCUCAAGAUCUUCACGCACGAGACGCAGGCCAAGGUGGUGAAGGCCAAGCGCACCUUCGCGCGCCACAGCUCGCUCUCCACCGACGAGUGCAGCUCCGCGGAGCCCAGCCCCAACGUCCCGCGGCGGCUGCACGUGCCGUCCCUCCACGGGGGCGGAGGAGGAGUGGGGGGGUCGGCAAACGACCACGGCCUCCAGCGCGAGCACACCGUCACGCUGCACAAGGGCGGCGCGCUGCGCAUCAGCGCGCACCACGACGCCACCACGUGCCGCCUGCUCAUCCGCGUGCUGGCCGCCGAGAGCCUGUACGACGCGCACGCGGACGUCAAGAGCAUCAACUGCUGCGUGUCGGUGCACCUGAACCCCGGAAAGCUGCAGAAGCAGAGGAGCAACAUCAUCAAGAACAGCCGCAGGCCGCUCUUCAACGAGGACUUCUUCUUCGACUCCAUCAGCCCCGCGCAGCUCCAGGGCCUCUCCGUCAAGUUCAAGGUGGUCAACAAAGGCACGAGCCUGAAGAGGGACACCCUGCUGGGCGAGAGGGAGGUGCCUCUGACCAAGCUCCUCUCCGGCCUCUGA